AUGCUUUCAAAGCUGGAGAAACAGAUCCUAAUAGACCUGUGGGAUAAACUGGUACCAGUGGCAGAAGAUAUUGGGAGUGAGGCUCUAUACAGAAUGUUCACAACGUUUCCUAAAACAAAGACUUAUUUUGGUCACCUGGACCUCAGUCCAGGUUCUGAACAGCUGCGCACUCUGGGAAAGAGAAUUGUUGUAGCCAUAGCAGAGGAGACACGACACAUUAGCACUCCACUUUUUACCACCAAUCUGGGCUACCUCAGCAGAUACCACGCCUUCCAGUUGAGAAUACAUCCAACCAACUUUAAGCUUUUUAAUCACUGUAUCCUGGUGACUUUGGCAUGUCAUUUGAAGGACGAUUUCUCUGCUAUUGAUCAUGCAGCAACAGACAAGUACCUCUCAGCUUACGCAGCAGUGCUGGCGCAGAAGUUCAGAUGA